UUCUUCAAAUUCGUUCAUCUUGUUCUUUCUCCCAAUUUCCCAAUUCUUUCUCCCAACUUCCCAAUCGAAGAAAUCAAUUUGAAACCCUAAAUCCUUAAAUUUCUCCACUGCGAUGUCGCUCUCCUACUCCAACUUCUUCCUCGAUGAUAUCUCUAUACAACGAGGAAACCUCCAACAUCUUAUCCGGAGAUUUGCCGGCGGAAAGCUUCUCUGAUGUCGAUUUGUCUCCGCCGUCGGAGGAAGCGUUCGAGCGGCCGAAAUCUACGGGCUUAAUGUACUUGCAGAAAGUAUCCAGGACGAUUCAGAAAUCAUCAGUCGUUAUCUUGUGCUUGUAAGGGAUCCAAUAAUUCCAACAGCCAAUAAGCCUUUUAAGACAAGCAUUGUGUUUACACUGGAUCAAGGUCUUAGGGUUGAUAAGAUAUAGGCUGAUAUUUGUGACUUGACCCUUUAUUCCAGCUCAAUGGAAGUCUGGUCAUUAUUGCUGAAAACGUUAUAGACUCAAUGAAGAUUGAUGAGAACAGUGAAUCCAUACUACAUCAUGGGCAAAGAGCUAAUGGAAUUGAAAACUGGUUAUUUCAGUUUGAGACAACUAAAAAUUGCAACCAAUAACUUUGAUCAUCAAAAUAAGAUUGGUGAAGGAGGAUUCGGACCCGUUUACAAGGGGAUAAUGCCAGAUGGUGAUGUGAUUGCUGUUAAACAACUCUCAUCUAAUAUAUAUGCCAGUCCUCCUCAAACCGCCACUAAAGAGACCCUUGAAGCUUUUUUUUCUCAGGCAAGAGAUGCUUAUUAUAGAGGAGAGACUUUGAUAGUUGAUAACAUGUUUGAUAUAGUUAAGUUGAAGCUUAAGUGGUAUGGUUCCAAAUCAGUUGUUAAGUAUCCUUGAUGCAGUAUCGGGAGGAAAUCAACUUAUGUUGAUGUUGAGCCUGUGAAUAAGUUAAUGACCACAUGGACUAAGCAGCAAGGAUAUCCUGUUGUAUCUUUUAAAGUCAAUAAUCAGAAUUUGGAGUUUGCUCAGGUACCAUUGCAUCCAACCUUUUCAUUAGUUCCUUGUCCUAGUUAUUUUCAGAGAGAAAACCCUUUUUGUGUAUUGUAACUUGGGAGCCUUGUAUGUUUAUUGGCAGUCACAAUUCUUGUCGAGUGGUGCUCAAAAGGGAAGGCCAAUGGAUUGUUCCAACAACACUAUGCUUUGGCUCUAUCCGCGUCAGUAUCUAUAUUUUCUGUGUAUUUGGCUGUGUCAGACCUUCAUAUAUCAAUCUAACGUUGCAGUGACGCACAAUUUAAAAUUGAUGCAUUGCACCGUGAACAACAUUCCGCUGAUGGGGUUAUUUCAAAUUUAGAUGCACAUCUUUGACUAGUUUGAAACUAAUUUAUAUACAGGAAGAAGUGUUGGAUAGAGCCAAAAAAGCAAAGGAAAAAGCAGCACAUGAAGCUACAGAGGCACAUCCACAGGGUCUUGUUAUUCCUUCCUACUCAUACAUUGGAAAUAAUGUUCUGAUGUUGAUUCUGCUGUUGUGAUUGCAGAUAGUCUUAGGAGAGAGAAGUCCACAAAAGGCUUUUAAAUACACAGGAACUACUUGUUUUAAUACCGGAUCCUUUUCGAUGGAUAGCACAUUUGUAGCGUACCAUCCUUGCUCUCAGGAAGUUGAAUUGUCAUCCUUGUGAACUAAAUAUGGUUCUUUUUGGUUCUCAUCCUCAAAAUAUCAGCAUGUUGAAUGUGCCUGCUUCAUGUUAUUUUAUUUAUCACAUAUAAAAUCGAUGCAAUGAAUGGAGUGGGGGAUCUGGUAUUGCUGCUUUUUGGGAGGGUUGAAGUCACUGCUAUCUUGUUUUUUUAGUAGGAAUGUACCUAGUCUAGUUGAGGAGGUAGUCUAUCUUUAAUUUAGAUAAUAUUUACAAGGCUAUUCAUGUAACAUAAUAUCCGAAACUGUUAUUUGGAUAGUGCAAUCUUCAUUGUCAUAUGCAGUUGAGUUUUAUAUGAUCCAUUUUGUGUCCUCUCUUUAACAAUAAAUCUCAAAUUCUCAUUAAUUAUCUACUAAAUUCAGAAGUGUAUUUGAUGUUUGAAGAAGAAUUUGCACUUUUGCAUUAGCAUCCUUACUUGCUUCCACUACCAACACAUCUUCUAGCCAAUGCAUGUUUACAAUAACUAGGAGUAACAUAAAUUUAAGGACAUAUUCUACAUCUUCAAUUUCUACAUAAAAAACAAGAACACAACUAAGAUUAAAUUAAGGACAUAUUCUAUAUCUUCAAUUUCUUCAGAAACAAGAACACAACUAAGAGAAUUAACUUCAUAAAUCCUAACAUUAUUGACGG